CACCCAUUGCAAAAGAGGGGAAACCUCCCUUUAUUAUUCCCUCCAAUUGGGGCCCCACAAAUCCUCAUCCAACGGCCACAAACCCAAAUCUUAAUAGCAACACAUUCCCCUCCCACACACUUUCGUCCCUGUCACCCCACCAAUUACCAAUCCCAAUCCUCCAUUCCACUUGCUUGGCAAUACAAAAUUCAGAUCUAAACAUAAACAAACACCAAACUCUGCCAUAUGUUAUAGCAUCACCAGAAUCACAAAGACACCAAACCCACUGGCAAAAUGGUGGAGGCACAGACAUGGACAACCAGAAGGAUGAGCAAUCCGAGGUUGUUGGACAACUCAUCCACCAACAACAAUCCCAACCAAGUACUGGACAUCCCGGCGACACCGCCAUCGGAAGCAAGAAACAACCACCUAAACGGCCUAAAAAGUGGCAUCGCCACCACCACCUCCAUGUCCCCAACGAUCCUAACUGCAAUCAUAAUUGCGUCGUGGUACUUCUCCAACAUCGGCGUCCUCCUCCUCAACAAGUACCUCCUCAGCUUCUAUGGUUACCGCUACCCAAUCUUUCUCACCAUGCUCCAUAUGCUAUCCUGCUCCGCUUACAGCUACGCGUCCAUUAACUUCCUGGAGCUCGUUCCUCCUCAGCACAUCCACUCCAAGAAGCAGUUCCUUAAGAUCCUCGCACUCAGCGCCAUCUUCUGCUUCUCUGUUGUCUGCGGCAACACCUCCCUCAGGUACAUUCCUGUGUCUUUCAACCAAGCAAUAGGAGCAACCACCCCGUUCUUCACAGCCAUCUUCUCUUUCAUCAUAACCUGCAAGAAAGAAACCGGUGAAGUAUACGUCGCACUCUUGCCUGUUGUUCUUGGCAUCGUAGUCGCCAGCAACAGCGAGCCUCUCUUCCACUUGUUCGGCUUCUUGGUUUGCGUGGGUUCAACCGCGGGUCGAGCACUCAAAUCGGUGGUCCAGGGAAUCCUCUUAAGUUCAGAAGGCGAAAAGCUUCACUCCAUGAACCUUCUUCUAUACAUGGCUCCAAUGGCGGCCAUGAUAUUGCUGCCAUUUACUCUCUACAUCGAAGGGAACGUUUUCAGUGUGACGAUUGAGAAGGCGAAGGAGGAUCCGUAUAUGGUGUUCUUGUUGCUUGGGAAUGCCACGGUUGCGUAUUUGGUGAAUUUGACGAAUUUCUUGGUCACGAAGCACACCAGUGCCUUGACUUUACAAGUGUUGGGAAACGCCAAAGCUGCGGUUGCGGCGGUUGUUUCUGUUUUGAUAUUCAGGAAUCCUGUCACGGUUAUGGGGAUGGCGGGCUUUGGAAUAACCGUUAUGGGGGUCGUUCUCUACAGUGAGGCUAAGAAGAGAUCCAAACUCACAACACAUUGACACAUAAUACUUCUCUUAAUUUUUUCCCCUUUUGGAUACUUGAAAAAAAAAAAUAAAAGAAAAUAUCUGUGUGACUCCUGUUAUGCAAAUAUUUUAUUGAUCACUUUGAUUGCAUUGUAUUGUUAAAUCUCGUUAUAUAAGGACUGUAUAGGAAAAGGAAGGGAAGAAAGGAAUGGAAGAGGAGUUUAAGCUUGUAAAAUUGUCCAUGCCCUAUUUGGCAGCAUACAUAAACGAUUCAUUCAAGAAGAUCUUUAUGUGUAAUUUGGUGAGGGAGGAGAAUUCUCCCUCGCUUCAUUUUGUCAAUAACA